AUGUUUAAAACCUUUCGAGAACAAACAGAUUUACCAUUAAAACCAUUCAAUACCCCAACAAAAGUCUUUCAAUCUCUGGUAAAUCAGAUAAAGCAAAAUUCAAAUCAGAUAAAGCAAAGUUCAAAUCAAUUACAAAUUCAAAAAGUGGUAAUGGAUGAACGUUCAGCUCUUAUAGACACUAGUCCACGGUUAUCAUGUAUAAUAGCAGGUAACUCUUCAGACUGGAAAGACUCUUCAGAUGCAUCAGAGGACUCUUCAAGAGGCACAUCAGAUAGCAAAUCAUCAUCAGCUAGUGAUUCAUCAGAUAGUAGCUCUUCAUCAAUUAGCAGUUCAUCAUCAGAUAGUAGCUCUUCAUCAACUAGCAGUUCAUCAUCAGAUAGUAGUUCAUCAGAUUGCGAUUCAACAAGCAGUUCAUCAGAUAGCAGUUCAUCAACAAGCAGUUCAUUAGAUAGUGGCUCAUCAGCCAGCCGUUAA